AUGACCCCCUCGGAACGGUGGGCGUUUGCUUGCCGCUGCAAGGAAAUCGGGAACCGAGGUUUCAAGGCCUCAGAUUGGGAGUAUGCCAUGCUGGCAUAUCAAGAAGGCCUUCGAUACUUGGAGUAUGUACCUCAUGGCCGUGAAAUGCAGCCAGUACCUGGUCUGGACCACGGUGGAGCUGAGCAAUUGGACAAGGACAUGUCGCUGGCGGUGACGCUCUUCAGCAACCUCGGGGCUGUCUCUUUGAAGCUCGAGGACCCCCAUCAAGCUUUGCACUAUACCGAGAAAGCCUUGCGCUUCGAUGCGGCUCACGUGAAGUCGCACUUCCGCCGCAGCCAGGCCUUCCUGGCAUUGGGGGAGCACUCCCAGGCCUUAGCGGCCGCCGAGGAGGUGCUGAGGCAGGAACCCAAGAACGCAGAGGCCGUCGGCCUGAAAUCAGCUGCAGCACAGGGUCUCCAAAUCGCAAGGAGGAAAGAGAAGGCUCUCUUUUCGAAGAUGCUGGGCUAA